GCCCGACUUCCACCAUGGCGAUAACACCACCGCCAGACAUCAGGCAACUACUCGGUGCUCACCCACACUCGAAGGAACUCACAGAUCACGUAUCAUCUUUGGCUACACUGAUCUCGAAACCAUCGACUGCCCCCGAAGUAAAGUCUUACUCCGACGCGAUCUAUUUCAACUACUUCGCGCUUGGGCUAAGCUUACUCUUCAAGCCUAUCAAUGGCUACAAGCCGAAGGGUGGGCUGAAGCAGGAGGAACUGCGCGACGCGGACCUCGUACUUGACAGCAUCGACAUCUACAAUGUCAUCAAGUCCUCGAAGCCGGGGACUGCGAAGCCAUUCGCCGCGUACCCCAUGUCCCCGCUUGUGCUCACUCUGUCAUCUCAGCCUCUCGAGAAGGACGCGAAGCCGCGGCCUUCUCACUUCGAAGUCAAGCCUGAGACAACGGGCAAAGAUUUCGUGGCCUGUCUGGGCGAGCCAGACCGCAAGGGCGGUGGCGCAGGGCCGUCCUCCGGAUCGAUAGGAAUAUGGUGUGAAUGGUCGAAGGACGGUGUCAUGGUCGAAUUUGGUGGCGAGGAGAGCAGAGGCCCCCAGGCUUGGGAAAGAGGGAAGGAUGCGGUCUGGAAGGUCCUCUCGGUAUUCCCGCGUGGUGACUCUACUUGACAAGAUUGGACGAAGUGUGACGUAUAUCCAAAUCCAACGUACUAAACAUAGCAGAGUCCAUGUCCGAGCAAACGGCGUUUACACCGUCCCCUCUAUCGCAGGGUAAUCUUCUCUUCGUUCGGACCCUGAAAGAAUACGUGUCUCACGUAUCUCUUCUCGCCAUUGAUCAUUUCAAAGCCCCAAGUCUG